GUCAGUCAAUUAUCUGAUACACUAUAGUACGGUAAAUACUAUGAGCAACCAACGUCAUUUGCACACAACCCUGCAAAGUAUGAGCAACACAGAGAACUCGGGUUUAAACUAAAUCAUAUUCCCGUGGAAUCUGGAGAGAGACGCUGUCUUUUUUGCUUUCUGUUUGUCUGUAUGAAUUGAGGGUACAGCACAAGGGAGAGGUAAUCUACAGCAACAGCCGUGUUCACCACUCUCCAGUAGUAACUGAUUUUGCCUGGAAUUCAGCCACUUAUAAAUGAUUCAUACGACCUGAUUUUUGUAAAGAGAGUAAUUGUACUCCCAGCGGGAUAUCAUCAUUGUGUAGCAGGUCUCAAAUCAGUCAAGAAAGAAGACAGGGGUUUGUUUUUAUGCGUGAAGAAUUGGAAGCUGUGCCAGAGCGGCCAGGUUUGGGGUUUAUCCCUGGCUGUUUGUGGGGUUUUUAAGAAUUCUGGACCGCUAGUGUGGAUUGUCUGCCUGUCGAGACGUUGUCAUCUGUUGCUGCUACCGGCGUUUUAAUAACCAGUCUACACACAUCUCCAGAUGCAGCCGUUGAUUUCGGUCUCUUCUUAGGUGUACCCGGCAAAUGGAUUGGCAGCAACCCCCUGCAUUAUAAUUCUUUUAUUUAUUAUUAUUGUGCGUUCUUGGGAAUUUUGUUUGGGGUUCGAAAUGGAAGACAAAUUAUUGCUAUUAUUAUUAUUACUAUUAACAUUGCACGUUCGGCAAUAAUACACAAUGAUCUACCACGUCCGCUGCAUGCUGUAAAAUACAGGUUACUGUUAACUAUAUCUGCUCAUACUAUCAUUCCUUUUGGAUUGCAAAUACGACUUCUCUAAAUAUAAAAGGGCGAAGGAAGCCGAUACAGUCCUUGGGCUUGGCACUUGAUUUUUUUUUUGUGCUUCUGACAGGAACAAAAAACAAACUAAUAGAAAGGAAUAAAUGCUUAUGAUGGAGGAGGACGACACGCUUGAUCUGGAAGCGCAUCAGGUUGAAAUCGAUCCGGAUUUUGAGCCCCAAAGCCGGCCUCGCUCCUGCACCUGGCCGCUCCCUCACCCAGAUGAUUUCCCCGGAGGUGGCGAGGAAGAAAACGGAGUUGCCUCCUCCUCCUCGCCUUCUUCCUCCGUCAAGAAAGAGCCCGGAAUGCCCAAAGAUGCUACUGGUCUUGGCGCUGAGCUAAACGGAGGCGCAGCGCUGGAGCACAACCGCUCAGUAGGCGCCCUGUCUCCCGCAGCCGCCGCCGUGCACGCCUCUCUGUGCGGGGCUGCCCUCGAUGUUGCAGGGCACCUCCGCAAAACCAAAUCGUCCCGACGGAACGCAUGGGGGAACCAGUCAUAUGCGGACCUCAUCACGAGAGCCAUCGAGAGCACCCCGGAAAAGAGACUCACCCUGUCGCAGAUAUACGACUGGAUGGUCCGCUAUGUCCCUUAUUUUAAAGACAAAGGCGAUAGCAACAGUUCAGCCGGGUGGAAGAACUCCAUCCGUCACAACCUGUCCCUGCACACACGAUUCAUCCGCGUGCAGAACGAGGGCACGGGGAAAAGCUCCUGGUGGAUGCUGAACCCGGACGGGGGCAAGUCGGGCAAAGCCCCCCGCCGGAGGGCAGUCUCCAUGGACAACAACAGCAAGUUCCUGAAGAGCAAGGGGAGAGCCAGCAAGAAGAAAGCAGCUGCUGUGGCAGCCUCAGCGCAGGAAGGACCAGAGGAGAGCCCAGGGAGAGGGGCAGGGGGAGCAUGGAGCCCUGCAGGGGGAGGGGGAGUCGUAGCAGGGGGGGUGGGGGAGGAAUUUGAUGCCUGGACCGACAUCCGCUCACGGGCCAGCUCCUCCGCAUCCACACUAAGCAGCCGUCUCUCCCCGAUCCUGGCUGCAGACGAUGAUCUGGAACCAGAGGAUGGUCCUUCAUGCUCUGCCUCCCCACGGAUGUACCCCAGCCCUUGCAGCACCCUGUCACCAAACGUGGGCACGGGGGGCCGCUGUCCUGUAGAGCUCCCCCAGCUAGCAGACCUGACAGGGGCCAUCAACCUCAAUGAGAACCUCAACGGGCUUCUGGAGCACCGCCAGGACAGCUACGCUCCUUCUCACCAGCAGAUGAAGCAAAGAGCUUCUGGAUUCCCCUUCCACGGGUCCAAGUGCGCAGGGACUCCUUCCAGUGCUGGAACCUACUGCGGCACCAUCUACAGCCAGUCAUCCAUGGGCAUGCUGCGCCAUUCGCCCAUGCAAACCAUCCAGGAGAACAAGCCCACCACCUUCCAGGCGGCCGUUGGGAGCCACUACCCCAGCAGCACCUCCUUACAAGAUCUGCUCACUUCCACCCAACAGUACCGAGCAAAGGCACUUAUGCUAAGCCAUGAGGUUAAUUCUUUGAUGCCCAACCCUGCAGUGGGGGUGACCUCCCAUGCCCACUCCCACUCCCACUCUCACUCCCACUCUCACAGACCUACGCUCUGCAGCAGCAGCAGUGGCAGCAUCUCAAGAGGACUGUCGAAUGGUGGUGGGCUGAUGCAAGCUUACAAUAACACAAACAACAGCCUCAAAGUUGGUGGCAUGUACCCUUCAUCCAAUCACAGCCAUCUCCCCACCUCCACCGCCUUGCCACCCAAUCCGGCUGGGCUGCUGGGUGCCCCACUGGACACGUGUCACCUAGCUACCGCCCCCCACCAAAGGCCACACCCUGGCCAGCCUUACCCCAUCCACAGCCAUCACCAAGGCAUGGUGGACUCCAUCCAUGGCCCCUACCACCCUCACCCCCACCCCCAAGGGAACUACCAUUACCACAGCCAUCUCCACCACCACUACCCCCCCGAGCGGCUGCCAGCAGACCUGGACCUGGACAUGUUCCACGGCAGCCUGGACUGCGAUGUGGAGUCCAUCAUCCUCAAUGAUUUCAUGGACUCCUCAGAGGAGAUUGACUUCAAUUUUGACUGCACUCUGUCACAGGGCAACAUGGGCAUGGCUAUGGGCAUGGGCAACUUGCCUGGGACGCCCCAGACCCACAAUAACCAGAGCUGGGUGCCAGGUUAGGAGGGAAUGGGAGGGGAUGAGGCAUAGCCCCCUAUCUCAUCCCCAUGGACUGAUCUGAGACUGAUGUAUAAGUCUUCUGUGCUUCUUAACCAAGGCUUUCAAAACCACAUUCACACAAGUCUCUUAGUGCUAUACUCUGGUGAAGACAUAAUGUAUCCUACUCAACUGUAAAGUUGAUGACUCAGUUCCUUAACCCUACACAUUUAAGGAUUGGCAGCAAGUUUAAGUUUCAGGUGAGGUACUAUUAACUAAAACAAAGGAAGCUAUCAAGGAAAUGUAUCCUGCCACGACACUAUAUGCUCACUUCCUUCCUGUGUCACAGAUUAUAGGAUCCCUCAUGAGCAUUUCACUGCCUUUGUGUGGUUAGGGUGCCUUUAACUGUAACCCAGGAAGGAAGUGAAUUCUAGUGUUGUGGUAAGAUAACUGGGCUUCAUCUUAAAAAAGUGAAACAAAACGCAGAACUAUACAAGGUUGUGAGAAUGUGCUGACGCUAACAGAAGAAAAUGCUUUUCAAAGCCUUGGUUCCUCCACUUUAACAAGGUUCAGACUUGAUGGGUUCCUCUCAACACUGUACAAGAUAAGAAUGAGUAAGUCUUAGACUGACUUUGAGAGAUUAGAAAAAAUGGUUUGUCAUUAUUUAACCGUUUAACUAUAACUCUCAUAUUUCAUUGGUACAUCUCUACUCACGAUUGCAAACCACAGGUCCCUUGAAUUAACAUCUAGACAGCAGGAAGUGCUUCACAUCAACCAGGUCCAUUGGGUGUCAAUAGAUUAAAAAACAUUGACAACAAAUUAAGCAAGCUCUAGCCAAACUACAACAAGUAGACUUCUAACAAAUGUACUGGUACUAUCUUCUCAAAACAAAAAAACAUUAAUGUUAAUGCCUGUUCCAUCGCCCAUUGCCUGCUGGGUAAUUGAAGACUAUUGGGCACUUAACAAAAAGACAAGGCCAGUUCUCAACAGAUAAUGACUGCUGUGGAGGAUAUUAAUGGUAUCAUAAAACAAAUAAACGGUUUUGUGUAUGAGGAACUUUUGAAAAUAUGUUUUAUAAUUUGGACUGGAAAUUUAGGCUGCUUGGAAUUUGCGUCACGGUUUAAAAUUAGUUUCAAGAUGAACUUUUAGACAUCAUCUGUCAUAGCAUAAAGACUGCUCAUAACCUCAUAACCUGAUGAAACAUACACCAUUAUAAUACUCCAAAUUGUUCAACAGAAAAAUACAUUUAAAUGCUGAAUAUCUUAGACUACUGAAUUCUUAUCUUCUACUUUGAUAACUGUUGUUCUGUGUUCUUUUGCAGAUACGCCCCUGUAUACAUGUCCUGUUUGUUAGUCAACACUUGAGUCAGUGAAAUACCUUAAGGGGCCGUCCAGAAUUAUCGUAAUUUUGUAAAAGCGUACAAAGAGUGUGCAGGGGGAGGUGGGUGUUCCAAAAAUCAUGACGUUUUAAUAUAGUUUGAAAUAUUCACAUGCCUUCUUUAAAAAGACGCAAGAGAUGUGAUGUGAUGAAAUGUGAUGUGAUGAAAUGUGUUUAUCAAUAUCAGGUUUAUCAUAGGUGAUUUCAAAUACAGAAAGACAGCACCACACGUUUAAAUUAAAAUUAAAAGGUGAAAUAUUUUAAUUUGUAUUUGUUAGUGUAUUCCCCCAGUAUGCAAAUACGUGCACAAUUAAUUCAGAUACAUACCUAAUAUGUCUAAAAUCUGGGUGUACAAACAACAGCACAACUUUGUCAAAACGUCAAUGGAAUCUUAUACAGUACACUGUACCAUACAAACAAGCUUCUGUAAACUGAAAAUAAAAAUACUAGUGAACACACACAGGUGUGAAAGGACUUGCUCAUCAUGAAAGUAAUAAAAUAUAAGCUGCAUCACUCAGUAGAUGGAAGAUUAUGAAAAAUAUGUCGAAAAAGAGCAUGCUGUGUACACUUGCUGUAAUUGAUGGUCAUUUUGGACGACCCCUAAGAGGAAAUCCCUUUUGGAUCCAAGUGUAACUGCCCUUCUCCUACCAUUGCAUUGCCAUUGUAGGGCCACUGCUUGUCAUUUCAGAUCAUUUAGGGUUAACGCUGGAAAUAUUCCAUUGGGAUCCCAUUCUAGUCCCAGUAUAUUUUCAUUAACAGACCGCAACAUUACCAGCAGCUUCACAACGGGCAGUACAGUGGUCCUGACAGCACGCUGUCUGUCUGCUACUCACAUUGCACCAGGGUAUUGUUUCUGGUCUAGUUUCCUUUUUCUAAAUUGGGUUAAUUGUGAAUUCCCUUUUAUGUAAAGGAGACCUAUACAGGGGUUUAUACAGUCCUAGGCUUCAAUAUUAAUAUGUAUUUAUUUAUAUAUGUAGAAUUUUAUCUGCAGUAUAUAUAAAUCUAUACAUACACUCCCACUUAAAGCUCUUUAAUUACUUGUAAAUGUACAGUAUAAGAAAUGAACUGUGGUAUGGAUCCUUUCCUACGCCAGUGCUAUUCCACAAACAUAACGCCCAUUUCUAAAUAAUACAAUACAAUUGUAGAUGUAUUAAAAACAAGGUAUAACUGCUUGUUCCAAGGGUUGGGAAACUGACAUGCUUCAACGUGUACAAUAUUUACUGGCCUCCCCCCCAAAUCCCUUCCCCAUUCACUAUCCAUACUAUCUUUUAACUCCUGUGCCAACCAUUGUAGAGUACAUCUCUAAUUUGGGCUCAAGAAAGGCACAACGGCAGCAUGUGAGUGUAAGAGCGUGACAGCCUCCCUCUGCUCUGUGCUGGUGGAGCAGAGAGAGAAAGGGAGGCUCUUAUACUCUCUGAACAGCCUCCCUCUGUUCUGUGCUGGUGGAGCAGAGAGAGAAAGGGAGGCUCUUAUACUCUCUGCUCUGUGCUGGUGGAGCAGAGAGAGAGAAAGGGAUGCUCUUAUACUCUCUGAACAGCCUCCCUCGACUCUGUGCUGGUGGAGCAGAGAGAGAGAAAGGGAGGCUCUUAUACUCUCUGAACAGCCUCCCUCGGCUCUGUGCUGGUGGAGCAGAGAGAGAGAAAGGGAGGCUCUUAUACUCUCUGAACAGCCUCCCUCGGCUCUGUGCUGGUGGAGCAGAGAGAGAGAAAGGGAGGCUCUUAUACUCUCUGAUAGCCUCCCUCGACUCUGUGCUGGUGGAGCAGAGAAAGAGAAAGAGAAACUUUUACACGUAGUGUGAUUGAUACCUUCACUUUUAAACAAUGAUUAUGGUGAUAGUGAAAAGGGUGCUAAAGCUAACUAAGGAUAGGGAAAGGGAUUUUAAACUUUACUUAUUGAUGGAGCAUAUAGUGUAUUUUAAAAAUAUGAUCUAUAUGUUUAAUAAAAAGAUGGGCCUCUAACUUACUCAAUAAGCAGAACUGUACCCCCCUCUUCUCCUUUCAACACUAACUAAAUAGCAUAUCCUGUAUUUAUUACUGGGUCAAACUUUUUGUUUUGUUCUUUCUUGUUUUAUUUUGUACAAAAUCUAUAAUAUGGAGAAUAUGUAUAAUAGUUUAAAAAAAGAAUAAAAUUCAUGUUUGUCAUGUUUUUUUUUAAGAGAAUGUAUUUAAUCAUAUGGUGACUGUUAAAUAAACAAAACAAAAGACUCCUGGAGCGU